UAUUGCUUAAAUAUAUAUAUAAUUUCAUAUAACUGCCUUAUCUAUCUAUCUAUCUACCUCUACCUACCUGUUUAAUGUUUAUUUAUGUAAAUCCAUGGUUAAAAUUAUUCUGGAGUAUGCAGGAUCAAAACUAAAACUCUGAGGUUUGUUACAAAUUAAUCAAUCUAUGGUUAUUUAAAUGAUUCAUGAACUGUAGACUGAAAUGUUAGGAGUGGGCGAGCUGCCUGUAGUAAGAUGGACGUCGGUCUUAUUGCUAACAGUGUGUAAGACAUCUAGUGUUCAUUUAUAUAUCUAUGCUGUAACAAUGUCAGCGUGAAUUUACCUUCCUGAUACACCUUGUCUGACAUGGAGGGGGUCGGAUCUGCAGAGGGGGUCAGGUCUUUCGAGGGGGGGCAGGUCAGGCUCUGAUUCUCCUCAGUUUAACCUUUUUUAUAAAAUAACACCAAAGUCAGAGAAACCUUCACAAAAGCUCUUUUUACUGACUUUACUUAAAAACGCCUCCUAGUUUGAAUGAGAACUCAUUCAGUUCUGGAUUCCUCCAUUUUCUGGACUCAGUUUCGGGGUUCUGGUUCCGACAGUGUCACUGUUUUUAGGAUCGGUUUCCAUAACCGGAAGCUCCAAAGUUACAGUCGGUUAUAUGAGCAUUAAAAAAAUCGAGAUCGUGUUGCAGGAACAUUUGGGUGAAUUUUUGGCUGAUCGUGGGUCGGGUGGGUCCUCGUGGUCCAUGACCCUCCUCUCCAUGAGAAAAACCUCUGAGAUCCAAUCACCUCCUCCUCUCCAGACCAUGAUCUCACCUCCCCAUUUCCGAUUGGAUUGCUAUAUUUAGGAAACCACCCUUCGCUUUAUAAAGAGAUCGCAGCGGUUACCAGAAAAGGGUUCGGAGUUGGAGAAGGAGGUCGACUUACGGAACAACUCCGGCGGGUUUUCGCACCGAUAUAAGCCCGUGAGAGGAGCUGGACAGACGGACACUUGGUCUUUGGAUGCGGCGUCUGAGAGCGAGUUAGGACACGGCAGGAACAUGGCAGACAUCCGCAAGAAACUUGUGGUGGUGGGGGACGGCGCGUGUGGGAAGACGUGUCUCCUGAUUGUGUUCAGCAAAGACGAGUUUCCUGAAGUGUAUGUUCCCACUGUGUUUGAGACAUAUGUGGCGGACAUCGAGGUGGACAACAAGCAGGUCCAGCUGGCCUUGUGGGACACAGCCGGGCAGGAGGACUACGACCGGCUGCGCCCUCUUUCCUACCCGGACACCGAUGUCAUUCUCAUGUGUUUCUCCGUGGACAGCCCCGAUUCGCUGGAAAACAUCCCCGAAAAGUGGGUUCCUGAAGUGAAACAUUUCUGUCCGAAUGUGCCGAUUAUACUAGUGGCCAACAAGAAGGAUCUGCGCAACGACGAGAACGUAAAGAACGAGCUGUCCCGGCUGAAGCUGGAGCCUGUGAAGGCAGAGGAUGGCCGCGCCAUGGCCAUGCGCAUUGGCGCAUAUGACUAUCUGGAGUGUUCUGCCAAAACGAAGGAGGGGAUCUGGGAAGUGUUUGAGACUGCGACAAGAGCAGCUCUACAAAAACGAACAACUCCAUCCGAAAGCUGUCUGAAAUGCUGUGUUCUGAUGUGAACUGAGGCGGUCUGUCUGGAGAGCCGUGACGCACAGACGAGACGUUUACGCCGCUGGGAGCUGUGUCUGAACAUGUCAGGGGAGUGACCAUGGUUUGGAUCCUCCCGUGUGAUCAGACGACCCAGGUCCGACACGAACCACUGACUGCGAACUCGCUGUUUUGAACAUAAUCACUCGAUGGCUUUAUAUCUGGGUGUGUAUGUGUGAAAUGCACUGCUUAGGGCAUGUUCUUUUUGGGUCACAUGGUGCCAGUCUGACAGGUGGAGGGGUGGGGGAGGACAAAGGCUACAUGUCAGUAUAGGAGCCUUAUUAUCCACUCCCACGAGUGUCGGGCCUGGCUGAAGAAAUGCUUACAAGCCAAGAUUUCAGAUCUUCACUUUUUGUGUCUCAAGUGUUUGCAGAGGCCUCCGCCUCACUGCCAAGGUUCAACUUUGUGAAGAGCAAAGCAGUCAAAGAAUUGCACUCGUUAUUUAUGUCCACUUUGUAUUGUAAAGUAGUUAUGAUUGGGAAAUUGCACAGCACCUGGGGCACUACAGUUAAUCUGAAAAAGGAAGCUUAUGAUCAUGUCUUUGAAAGAGUCCGUUUGAGGUCUGAAAUCUUUGUUCUGAACCACAGUGUUGUUGUUUUUAUACUCGCCUACACAGUUCACUCUUUCAAUGCAACUCCACACAUGUCCAAGAGACUUUACAUGUGUCCAGUCUUGUAAAGGGCUUCUCACAUUGUCCCGUGUCGUUUUGCAGAUUUUCAGGUUGGCGUUUCAUGACAGUGAAGAGCAUAAAGAAAAUAAUCCUUUUCUUUAGAUGAGUAUGCUUCUACCCAAAAUGCAACGCUCUCCUCUGUCUGCAGUGGAAGGAAACAGCUGCUUCUUAACAAUUAAACAAUGAAAGGAAAAAAGAGGAGCAGCAGGUGGAGGACAGGGAAGUGAUCUUUUUUCCAUGUUUCUUUGGCUCACUGGAGAAAAGUAACUUGAAGCACAUGUUUCCUUCAGACCUCUGCAGUCCAGAAAUGCUCAUCAUUCUCUCUGAACUGUUCUCCAGUUAAAUAAUGUGGUUCAUAUUUUUCAAAGAGGGGAGCGAGCAUGUGAGCGGGUCGAGCAUGUGAGUGUUUUUCUCUAUCGAACACAUUUUCCUCAAGUGUCAUGAAAAAGAGAGAGGGGGGGGGGGGUCUUAUUCAGAGUCUGUGAAGCAGCACAUUCAUGUGUGAGAUCAAACUACUACAGCAGGUUCAGAUAUCAUGAUUCAUGACCACAAAACACUAAAGAAAGAGCUUUAAACUCUGAAGACAAACUUCAUCAAAGAUCGUUUUUCUCAAGUGUAGAAGUUUGUUUACCAUGAACGUCAAUCGUGAUUGGUUGAGAGACACGAGAAUACACUUUAGGUCUUCCAUAAUGACGGUGAAUGUAUCUCCACUUUUCUCAAAGUCAUCGUUAAAGCUUUGAACUUUGAACCUGAGCCGUAUUUCUCUGAAACACGUCAUAAACCCAGCUCCUCGUUGGUGGAUUUCUCCAGCACAGAGUUGUUUUAGUCUCACUCAUGCUUCAGUGACAGAUAACAGAGACUGCUGCUACACCGGGAGUCCUCAAUAAGACCUGACCGGAGCCCUUUUUGCAAGUAUUUUUCAGUGGUUAUGAUUAGAAAAUCACUGUUUAAGAUCAUGUUCAGAUAAACGCGAGAUUCACCGAGUAUUCUCUGUAAAUCCAGCAAGAGUUACAACAGCCUAAAAGUCACAUUCCUCCCGGCCUGCUGUUGCUGGGUUUUCUGCUGACUUACAGCACAGGAAUGCAUUGUCCUGGACUGGUUAAUUUUCCCACACUGCCCCCCCACUCCCACCCCUUAUGUGCCUCUGAUUUGCAGUGUUCUGGGCCCCCCCCUUUUUUCACUCGUCAGUCUGGACAGUUUUCAUCCUUUUCUUUAUUCCUUCAUUAAAAAGGAAGUCAACACGUUAAAGUUGCAGAGCAGCAGAAGCGGACACUUUGCCAAAUAUGAGAGGAUGUGAUGACCACGUUUAUGUAACGUCAGAGUCUGAGGGUUGGUGGGUAAACGUGAAGAAGAACGGUAACAUUUGUGAGGAAAACCGAGAAUGUAAGAGGAGAAGCGGUACUGUUUGGGAGAGUCAAUAAAAGAAUCAGUGUGUCACCAUCUCUAC